AUGGCUGCGACGUCCACGGAGGAGCGUGAACUGCGUCUGGUAGAAAGCGUUGAGUUCAAAAUCUUGGGCGUUGCCAACAAAGGAGAUAAGCUCCAUCAGCUUCUACAGCGGUACCUGGCACCAUUGAUCCUGAAGGCUGAGAGUGACCACAUUUCGGUUCGAGGGCGGGUGGUUCAAAUUCUUGCUAGGCUUAAGACUUUCAUCCAGUCUCCAGAGGUUGUGUUGCCAGUCAAGGCACUAUUCCAACAAUACAAAUCCGCAGACUCCAGUCUCAUCAAGCAGUUCGAUUUAUCUUUUAUUCUUCACAGCCUAAACCGACUAGAUGUUGAUGACAGGAGAGACCUUAUGCCCAUUGCUUUGGCGGGCUUUGCCCAGGAUGAGGGACGGCUAAGGGCGGCAACAAUGUUUAACAUCAUUCUCAGAAUCUUACUCGAUAUUCGUAUACCACCGCGAGGGAGCAAGGAUGAUGAGGCCUUUAGAACAAGUAUUGGUCUAGGUGAUGAUGCUGAUGCGCAAUAUCUCGCGAGGGCCAUUGGCAUCUUCCUGCGUCUCAGGGCACCGAAGGCGACUGAAAGUUUAGCGCAGUCAAACCCGGCGCUCUCUCAAACAGAGCUCGGGCUCUUCCCUGCCGAGUCUCCGGAGAAUGAGAAAAUAUUUAAGCGGAUUACGGAACUCAAAUCCAAAUCCGUCGCAUUCCUCGCGAGCGGAGCCUUCAAGGACGAGGAACGGUUUCUCCCUGCCCUGUUUGCUGCAUCAGGAUUCGAUAAUAGGGUCGCCUCAACAGCAGAGGAGAUCAUCAAGAGAAGCACGGUUUCUAUGGAGGAUGAAGAGCUAGUGAAACGGCUUUUUGUCGCACACUCCCAGCUUCCGCCGCCGUAUCGUGCUCGCAUUCUCAUGAUUUUAUCCAAGUCAUCCGUGGCCGCGGGCAUGACUGACAACAUCAUGGCUGUCGUCAAUCUAGACUUUUUACCUCAGACAUCUGAUAGAACGCCUUCCAUGAAACCAGCUAGCGCUCUGGAGAAGACGAAACUUCACAAUGCCCUAUUCCAGUUCUUAUCGUGGGUGGCUCAAGUUGGGCCGUCAAGGUCAGAUUUCACUAUCGGAGCACCCCUCAUUCGCGCCAUGCGAUCCUAUAUCGAGAGCCAAGGAUGGCCCAUUCCGGAGCAAACAUCACAUGAUGAUGUUGCAUUACGACGUACGGCAUACGACACCAUUGGCAUGGUUGCCAGGAGUGCAGAUCUCUCGCCCAAAGAACGCUUGGAUUUUGGUGCCUGGCUCCUCCGCUCCUUAUCAGAAGACAGCACUGUAGAAGCUGUUGUUAACAUCGAUGGGGCGCUUUCGAGCCUCACUGGCGCAAUCCCGGUCAGUGUUGGGGGAGAUGAUGCUGAACUCAAGGCGAUGCUGAUGACAUACAUGUCCUUACCUGAUACGCCACCCAGGGUUCGGAGUACCAGGCACGCCGUUGUUAAAUGGGCCAACCAGUGCCUUCCAUUUUCAGAUGUCUUGGGCCGUUGGAUCGAUAUCUUGGCUAUCGCUGGUAGACACAAUGAGCGCAGCGAAGUCAUUGAACAUGGCACCAAGGGGCUGGACCCUUGGACCUAUUUUGCUCACACUGACAAAAGUCCACAGCUACCCGAUUGGAAAGAGAUGGCAACUACCUACUUCGAUUUGGCAAUUGAUCCACGACUAUAUAUGGAGGCAGGGGACAGCCAACCGUUUGCUGUGCCGGAUAAGGCCGUAUUUCAAAACUUCCAGGGCUCUCGCAUUUCAGCUUUUCCACUGGCUCUUAGAUAUUGCAAGCAGAUGAUGCUUCUGGCGGCGCUCGAUGAUUUCGAAAUCAAGCCAGAUUGGAUGCAGAUCCUAGAAGCCCAGAUUAUAACCGACGUUUCAACCAGAGACAAGGUUCGUGAAUAUUUGCGCUCCAUUGAUAGCGGCUUUAUUGUCUUCUAUCUCAAAGCCUGUCUUGACGGUGCCUUCAUUGAAGGCGCAUUCAUAGUGGAAGAGUGUCUGCGGUGUUUUGUUCAGGUGGCAGCCUGGAGCCCUGGCGGCCCUCUAGGUUUCCUUACGGGAGCGAGCACAAACUUACUUGCCCUGAUCAAGUCGAAUAAUAAGGAGAUACGGUCACUCGCUGCAAAGGCACUAGGCAUUCUUGUUGGCCAUCCCGUCAACCAAUCAGACGUUGUCGACAACUGGAUCAUGACUUUGAAAUCGUUGUUUGUCAAUGCGGAAAAUCUUGUCGGUGCGCAAGCAAAUGCGGCCGAGGGUGCGUUACUUGCGUUCGGCCAUUUGGUAUCACGAUCUGUGUACUAUGACCGUCCAUUUUCCAUGCCUAAUGAAUACCCAUUAUAUCUUUUACUCAAAGAUGGAGUGCCCACUUCACUGUACGAGUCUGCCUUGGAAGCAUUCUCUCAAUUAUGGACAGCUAAAGUGGCUGUUCCUUCGAUGGACGUCAACAGUUGCCUAACGGAUAUUAUUGGAAAGCUGUCUGCGGAUGCAAAGAAGGGUAACGAAAAGGCUAUUUCGGCGCUGGGAAGCCUUGCCACCGGAUUAGGCGAGGAGAGCAGGGACCAGGAGUCCGAAGGUCAAUUUUCGGGCAACUUGGGCGAAAUUCUCAAGAAUCUAUUCUCUCUUCACGAGCUUAAGCAAGUCCAGGUUCAGUUUACAGUGGGAGCUGCCAUCACUGCUGCAGUUGCAAGAUGGGAUUCCAACAAUACCAAGCUUCGGAUGGAUGUUGAGGCCAGAAACCCAGCAAAUUUUGCGGGGGCCCGAGGCGCUCUGGUUGAUGAAGUGCUGAAGAAGCUUUUGCAAGAUUCGAAAGCUACGAAGCCGUCUUUGCUUAAGGCUUCGGGCAUUUGGCUUUUCUGUAUGGUGCAGUACGGCUCUCACCUUUUUCAGGUACAGUCGAAGCUCCGCGAAGUCCAGGCAGCCUUCAUGCGACUCCUGAGUGCUAGAGAUGAGCUGGUGCAGGAGACUGCAUCCCGCGGGUUAUCCUUGGUGUACGAGCGUGGUGACGCAGAUCUCAAAUCUGCACUAGUAAAGGACCUUGUCUCUGCCUUCACUGGGAGCGGGACACAGCUCAAGGUGGAGGAGGAUACUGAGCUAUUUGAGCCAGGGGCGCUACCUACAGGCGAGGGCAACUCUGUCACCUCAUACAAGGAUAUUGUGAAUUUAGCCAACGAAGUUGGAGACCAGCGCUUGGUGUACAAGUUCAUGUCCCUUGCUGCCAACGCGGCUACUUGGUCGACAAGAUCUGCCUUUGGACGAUUCGGAUUAAGUAACAUUCUUUCCGAGUCAGAGGUUGAUCCAAAGCUGUACCCGAAGCUGUUCAGAUACCGCUUCGAUCCCAAUGGAAACGUUCGGCGAUCAAUGGACGACAUUUGGAAAGCUCUGGUCAAAGAUUCAAAUGCCACUAUCAAUACUAAUUUUGACGCCAUCAUGCAAGAUCUCUUGAAGAGCAUUCUCGGCAGAGAGUGGCGGGUCAGGCAAGCUAGCUGUGCUGCCAUCUCUGACCUCAUCCAGGGUCGCCCGUUCCCGCAGUACGAGACGUAUUACCGGGAGAUAUGGACCUGCGCUCUGAAAGUUUUGGAUGAUGUCAAGGGCAGCGUAAGAGAAGCUGCAUUGGCACUGUGCAUGGCGCUGUCAAAUGGCCUUGUACGACAGUUGAAAGAGGGCAAUCACACCACUGCAACUACGGCCAUGAUGAAGGAAGCCCUUCCAUUCUUGCUGUCCGACAAGGGUGUUGAGAGCACAGUGCAGGAUGUCCAGCUGUUCGCAACCGUCACGGUCAUGGAUAUUGCCAAACACGGCGGCAAGGCGCUGAAGCCGUUCAUUCCUGAUAUGAUCCCGCAGUUUCUUGGGCUGCUGAGCACAAUUGAGCCACAGCAAAUUAACUACGCCUAUCAACGUGCUGGUCUUGAAAGUCGAGACCAGAUCGACAAGAUAAGAUCACAGAUGGUCAAUCGGUCUCCAAUUUCCGAAGCAAUUGAGAAUUGUCUUCGUUUCAUCGAUGCCGAGGUCAUGACAGCCUUUGCUCCAAAGUUCGAGGCUACAAUUAAGAGCGCCAUCGGUAUGCCCACAAAACUCGGAUGCAGUAGAGUCAUUACAACGCUCGCCACUCGUCAUAGUAAUGACAUUCAGCCAGUGUCCGCCAAGUUGUUGCAGAUUCUGGAGAAACAGACGAUGGAUAAGAACGACGAGGUCAGCCAGGCAUAUGCCAGAGCGGCUGCAUAUAUGAUACGGGCCGCUCCUGAUGCGGCCAAGAUUCGGUUUUGUGAGCGUUUCAUCAAUAUAUAUUUCCAAGCGGAAGACGAAAGCCGCCGGCAAAAGGUGUCAGACGUGAUUGUGGCGAUAGCUAAAGUCUCGCCAGAUCAUUUUACUGCUCAAGAGACUACGCUGUUGCCUUUUGCAUACUUUGGAUCCCAUGAUACCGACGAAUACGCAGGGAAGGUGUUUCAGGAAGUCUGGAACCAACACGCAGGGAGCAGUCGCACCGUCACAAGAUAUGUACGGGAAAUUGUCAGCCUCGUCGAGCGCUCUCUGGAGACAGCUCAAUGGGCUCUACGUCACACUGGUGCAUUCACCGUUGCCGCCAUGGCAGGUGACGUCGCCAACGCGAGUGAAGCGACGGGAAUCAUUGACGAGGCCAAUCUCAAAGUCAUAUGGCCAGUCUUGGACAAGACCCUGGCUCUGAAAACAUUUCCAGGGAAGGAGAAGCUGCUUGAAUCAUACCCUAGGUUCGUCGAACGAAGCGAGCCUCUCUGGGGGAACGACGCAACAAUCUCCGCACAGAUGAAGAAGAUUGCCAUGAGAGAAGCAAAGCGCAACAGCGACGAAUAUCGACCGCAUGCAUUCCGGUGCUUGUGGAGAUUUGCGAAAGCCCGUCCGGAUCUCAACAUGCUCAAGGAUAUUGCUGAGAUAACCACCCCGUACCUGGAAGAACUCAAGGACGAAGACAAGAUGGAUGUGGAUUCCAAAGAGAGUCGAAAGGAGGAUAUAGCGUCCAAGACAACAAAGAAUGCCUUUGAAGCUAUUGCCCGGGGAUAUAGCCGGUCCAAAACUAUUGAUAUUCGGGCCUCGAUUCAGGAAAUCAUGGCCGUUUUAAUGCCUUAUGUUACACACGCGAAAUUCGACUUUAUCAAACGGGAGAUUUGGUAUGAGUGUGUACACGAUCUCAUGGAGGAUGCUGUCAAGUUUACAAAUGUUAUGGAUGCGCUGCCGGGGCCAUUCAACGGGUCAGGGGUAAUUGCUUCUUACGUGGAGAGUUUGGAUGUUAGCAAGGGAGAAAUGGGUACCGAGUCUCAACGGGUAAAGAGGGUUCAGGCAUUGUCGAAGCUGUUGGAUGCAAGGUCGAAGGGUGUAUUUGGAAAGGUGGAUUUGCCGAACACACUACAGCGAGACGUGGAUUCUGCACUCGGUGAGGAGAGGUCUGUUGACGUUCAAAAGCGGUGGAGGGGAAUUUUGGGCCAGAUCAAACAGGCUUAG